CGGUCGCUACCUAGAUACAAACGGGUUUCGCCUCGCUCGAUCCCCGUCCUCCCGGGCUCCUCUAUGUUUGAUUCAUUUUUCACGUCUGGCACCGGUGGAAAAUAAAAAAGCUAUUUGAAUGUACAGCAUGAUGAUGGAGACGGACUUGCACUCCCCUGGCGGAGCCCAGGCCCCCACGAACCUUUCGGGGCAGACCGGAGCGGGAGGCGGCGGAGGCGGCGGCGGCGGCGGGGGAAACAAAGCGAACCAGGACCGGGUCAAGAGACCCAUGAACGCCUUCAUGGUGUGGUCGCGGGGCCAGCGGCGGAAGAUGGCCCAGGAGAACCCCAAAAUGCACAACUCGGAGAUCAGCAAGCGCCUGGGGGCCGAGUGGAAAGUCAUGUCGGAGGCCGAGAAGAGACCGUUCAUCGACGAGGCGAAGCGGCUGCGGGCGCUGCACAUGAAGGAGCACCCGGAUUAUAAAUACCGGCCGCGGCGGAAGACCAAGACCCUGCUCAAGAAGGACAAGUACUCGCUGGCCGGGGGGCUGCUGAGCGCCGGCUCUGCCGGGGGAGGCCCGGCCGGCGUCGGCGUGGGCAUGGGCGUCGGCGUCAGCCCGGGCGGCGUCGGGCAGCGGCUGGAGAGCCCCGGCGGCACGGCCAGCGGCGGCUACGCGCACAUGAACGGCUGGGCCAACGGCGCCUACCCGGGCUCGGUGGCGGCGGCGGCGGCGGCGGCGGCGAUGAUGCAGGAGGCGCAGCUCGCCUACAGCCAGCACCCGGGCAGCGGGGGGCACCCGCACCACCCGCACCCGCAUCACCCGCACCACCCGCACAACCCGCAGCCCAUGCACCGCUACGACAUGGGCGCCCUGCAGUACAGCCCCAUCUCCAACUCGCAGGGCUACAUGAGCGCCUCGCCCUCGGGCUACGGCGCCCUGCCCUACGGCUCCCAGCCCCACCAGAACUCGGCGGCGGCGGCGGCGGCGGCGGCAGCGGCGGCGGCCGCCUCCUCGGGUGCGCUGGGCGCCCUGGGCUCGCUGGUGAAGUCGGAGCCCAGCGUGAGCCCGCCCGUCACCUCGCACUCGCGGGCCCCGUGCCCCGGGGACCUGCGGGAGAUGAUCAGCAUGUACUUACCGGCCGGGGAAGGCGGGGAUCCGGCGGCCGCUGCCGCCCAGAGCCGGCUCCACUCCCUGCCCCAGCACUACCAGAGCGCCAGCACGGGGGUGAACGGCACCGUGCCCUUGACGCAUAUCUGA